CUAGCCCUGCCCCUGUUUCCAGGCAGAUAGUACUCAACAUGGCGGCGACGGGUAACGAAGAACAGACGUUGUUGCCAGAUAUCGAAGAGGAGGCUGAGGGCAUGGAGCGAGAGAUGGAGUCCGAGGAGGAGGAAGAAGAAGGAAUGGGAGUUGAGCAUUCCGAGGAGGAAGAUGAAGAGGACACGUCUGAGGACGAGCGGGAGAAUGAAGCGGAGAUCCAGAGGCUUGAGGAACAGCUGUCAAUCAACGCGUUUGAUUACAACUGCCAUGUUGACCUAAUCAAACUCCUGCGGCAAGAAGGAAAGCUUCACAGACUGCGCAAGGCCAGGCAGAAGAUGAGUGAACUCUUUCCCCUCACUGAAGAGAUUUGGCUGGACUGGCUGAAGGAUGAAAUUCGCCUAACAGAAGAUGAAUCAGACCGUGAGAAAGUCUACGAGCUGUUCGAGAGGGCUGUGAAGGAUUAUAUGUGUCCAGAGAUCUGGUUGGAAUACGUACAGUAUUCCAUCGGGGGAAUGGGAGCUCAGGGAGGCAUUGAGCGGGUUCGCUCCAUCUUUGAGAGGGCACUGACUGCAGUGGGUUUACACAUGACUAAAGGAGCUUCAAUCUGGGAGGCCUACAGGGAGUUUGAGAUUGUUAUUCUUUCCACAGUACAGCCUCCUCCUGGCAGCGUUCCAUCACAGGAGCAGCAGGAGCUAUUGAACGCCCAGCUCGAACGCAUACACACACUCUUCAGGCGGCAGCUAGCUGUACCUCUUAUGGAUAUGGAGGGAACGUAUGCGGAGUACUCGGAUUGGGCUGACGAUGGUGUACCUGAGACGGUCACACACCAGUACAGACGUGCCCUGCAACAGUUGGAGAAAUGCAAACCUUUCGAAGAGGCUUUGCUGGUCUCUGAACCUCCAAAACUGGCCGAGUAUCAAGCCUACAUAGACUUUGAGAUGAAGGAAGGAGAUCCGGCUCGUGUCCAGAUUAUAUUUGAGCGAGCGCUGGCGGAGAACUGCCUCGUGCCGGACCUGUGGAUCAAAUACACCACGUAUCUGGAUCGUCAGUUGAAAAUUAAAGAUCUAGUGUUAUCUGCUCAUGAGCGAGCCGUCAGGAACUGCCCCUGGACCAUGGGUCUGUGGAAGAGCUAUCUUUUGGCUCUGGAGAGGCAUGGGGCUGACCAUCAGACAGUGACAGAUGUAUUUGAAAAGGCCUUGAAUGCAGGGUUCAUCCAGGCCACUGAUUAUGUAGAAAUCUGGCAAUCUAAUCUGGACUACCUGAGGAGACGUGUUGAUUUCAGCAAAGAAUGGAGCAGGGAGUUGGAUGAGCUGCGGGCAGCUUUUGCGCGCUCCCUUGACUACCUGAAACAGGAUGUAGAAGAGAGAUUCAGUGAAAGUGGAGAUCUGUCCUGCACAAUAAUGCAGAUCUGGGCAAGGAUAGAGGCCUUACACUGUAAGAACAUGCAGAAGGCCCGUGAACUGUGGGACAGCAUCAUGACAAAAGGGAAUGCAAAAUAUGCCAACAUGUGGCUGGAAUAUUACAACCUGGAAAGGUCGUAUGGAGAUGCUGCUCACUGCAGAAAAGCUCUCCACAGAGCUGUACAGUGCACAUCAGACUACCCUGAGCAUGUCUGUGAUGUCCUGCUCAACUUUGAAAGAGUGGAGGGCUCUCUGGAAGACUGGGAUGCUGCUGUCCAAAAAACAGAGACUAAACUCAACAGAGUCAAUGAGCAGAGAGCAAGAGUGGCUGAAAAAGAGGCUCUCCAAGCCAGACAAGAGGAAGAGAAAGCAGAGCACAGGAGGAAAGCCAAGGCAGAUAAAAAAGCCCAAAAGAAGAGCCAGAAACCAAACAGAACGGGGGAUAAACGGAAAGCUGAAGACGAGUACGAGGAGGAAUGGGGAGAGGAUGCAGAACUGCCGUCAAAGAGGCUCCGAGGAGAGGAGGAUGUUGGUAGCACAGCCACAGAGGAGCUCAUGGAGACAGAAAGUGGGCUUUUCGGCCGACGAGCUCCACCACCACGUAAAUCUGAGCCACCUGGUUUCCGCAAGAACCAGCAGGGGCUGUCUGAAGCACUACGACUACCCCAGGAUGAAUCAAAGGAGCAGCGCAAAGAUGAAAAUAGUGUGUUUGUCAGUAACUUGGCUUUUAAUAUGGAAGACCCAGAGGGCAAGCUGCGAACUUUGUUUCAGGGUUGUGGGACUGUACAGCAGGUGCGGCCCGUGUUUACACCAAAAGGUGUGUUUAGAGGCUAUUGCUAUGUGCAGUUUGAGGACCGACUGGCUGUACCUGAGGCACUGAAACUGGACAGACAGGAGGUGGAUGGACGGCCCAUGUAUGUGUCUCCUUGUGUGGACAAGAAUAAGAAUCCUGACUUCAAGGUUUUUAAGUACAAGACAGCAAUGGAGAAGCACAAGAUCUUUAUCUCGGGCCUGCCGUACACCUGCACUAAAGAGACACUGGAGGAUCUCUGUAAACAGCACGGCACAGUCAAAGCCAUCCGGCUUGUCACCAACCGUUCCGGCAAACCCAAGGGUUUGGCGUAUGUGGAAUAUGAGAACGAAGCACAGGCCUCACAGGCUGUGUUGAAGAUGGACGGCACCAUGCUGGAGAACUUCACACUCUCUGUUGCCAUUAGCAACCCCCCGAGCAGGAAGAUGGACGAUAAAGCAGCGCCUAGUCGAGUCCUGGGAGCAGCGAUGCCAAGGCAACCUCAGGGAGCGAGAGGAAAAGGACGCACUCAGAUCUCUCUGCUGCCACGCUCUCUGUACCGGCAGAGCGCUCCAGAUGCCAAAGCGGAGAACGGGACCGUUUCUGCGCCACAUGCCACAGUGACAGAUGGAGUGGACGGAGGACCUGGAACCACGAGCCUGGACACGCAAACCAAGUCUCUGUCCAACGAGGACUUUGCCAGGAUGCUCCUCAAGAAGUGAAACUGUUUGCAGAUAACACAAGAAGAAAACCUGCCUUCUGACAGAAAGCCAUGCUGUGUCCUUACGGAGUCCGGCGGAGAAACAGCGUUUUAAUUUAGCCUACUUUCUGUAAAUACGUGACCACCUCCCCGAUAUAUAGUAAAACUAUUUUAACACCUCAACCAUGGAAAUGUGAGCUGUAUUGUUUUCUUGAUUUCUUAGUAAUAACGAAAGGGACUCGGGGGGCAGAUUUCAGAUUUUGUCAGCGAGUAUUUUUUUAACAGGAUGUUAAAACAUGAUAAAGGUAUAUGCAAGAACAUUUAAUAUGAAGAUACAUGAUGUAUUAUAAAUGGGUUUCAACACGGCUUCAUUUCUCAGUAGGCCCCUUUUGGGGCAGCUGAUAUGUAGAUGCGUCCUGCACCUCUGCCUUGUCAAAGGCAACAACAACAACAAAAAAUAUCAAUAAAGAUCAAAACCUUUAUUUUACAUAUUCUCUGAACUGCAUGUUGUAUAAAUAAUUUAUUUGCAGUACCACAACCAUUUGAAACAGUCUUGCAUGUGUAGAUUGCUAAUUCUAAUAAACGUCUUCAUAACAGCUCUAAAUGAAGACUAGAUGAAGAGUAAUAGAUGAUCUUGUCAGCAAAUAAAAUCCAGCACCUUGCCAACAACACAUCUGUGACUAAGAGGUUAAACUUUUGUUUAUUAGACUGCAGCGCUUUCAUUAAAAGCUGUACACUGUCCUGGAAAUUAGUAGAUAUUCUAGUUUUAUCAUGCAUUUUGUAUUUUCUCCAAGCGCUGCCCUUUGAAUCUUGUUUGAUUGCUGACACAGCUUGUAAACCUGCCUUACCUUGUGUGCUCAAUAAUGGUCUGAAGGUUAAAGCUUGUGCUCCACAGCCAGCUUCAAUUCAACACUCAGUCUAGAAGUCGAGUUUAGCUAAUCUAGAAUGCGUUUGCGGUCACAUUCGAAGUUGAAUGGCUGGCUGCGGAGCGCGGUUGCCGCUUUAGAACCGAUUGGGUCCUUCCCGGAAGAAUCUAUGCAGCUGUAUAUCGCUAGAACCUUCCACUACGAGUUCACCUGACUGUGAACCCAUCCUAUACUGUAUUGUAUAUAUACAUACAACAUAUAUCAUCUAAAAUGUCCUGGAUAUUAGUAUUAUUUACUGGUUUUGAUGGCUAUGAUGGACUUGUGUAUUUCAUCCACUACUAAAUGUUAAGCUGAUCUAUUUUUUUAACUGCGGUGUCAUACACUAGACAGUUCCUUCCUGCGUUGUUUUUGAUUGUGUUUGACUCUCGUUCACACCCCUCAAUGGUUGGCCAUAGUUUUGUAAAACAUUUGUAUAUUUUGAACUAAAAAAAAAAAAGAAAAGUAGCUCUAUAUAUUUGCGUUUGAUCACCACAGUGGCCUAAAGUAGUGAUUGAGAAAAAACAAAA